CUGAUGCCGGCGCCGGUGUGAACAACGACGUGACGUGCCGCUUGUAUCCAAUCGGCGAGUAGACCGCAUUUCAGCCGUAACGCCUCAACGCUGUCGUAUCGCUGAAAACAACGAACGAUGGUGGGAAUUAAAACAAGAGAAAAAAAAACAGCGAACCGAGGAAAGCGGUGGGAGCGAGAGAAACGGGACGAGGACGGGCGACGGAGACAGGCGGACACGAAACAACAAAGGGUCAAAGUUGAAAGGGUCGCGCGGAUGACCGAUAGACUCCCGCCAAACGAGCCCCAGUAACAAUGGAGAUUUUUUACCUCUGCGAGACCCAGCACUCCUUUGUUUUCGUAGUGCGAUAGCCCGUCCGCGUAGCUGCAUGACAUUUUGCUUCGAUGUUCACGGCACUGGCGAUUAUUCAACCCGAAACCCUGAAAGCCCGUGGACGCUUACAAUGGUUCUCGAUCCGGUUUUUUUUUCCUCUAGCAGUAACCAGCAGUAACCAGCAUCCCGACGCCGAUAUCAGCCAGCUCUCAUGUGCCUGUACUCGCGCGCGCGACACGUAAACAAUUUGAUAUUUGCAGGUCCAUAGAGUCGUCUUGUGGACUAUGGUGAAUUCUGGUGGAUCCUGGGCAAAAUUGAACACACAAUUGCGUGAUAAAAAAUCAUUUUUAAAUUAGCCUACUCUUACAACCCUAAUCUGAGCUGUGGUGUUAGAUCUAUCCUUAUUUUUGCCUAUGCUCUAAUCUUAAAUUCAAGUUAAAUACGAACCAACUGAAGCAUCAACCGUUAGAUGACCAGAAGUUCGCUUCCACGAAUGGAAGCGUGCACAGUGUCAUUCGAGUUAACCUAAACUCCUAUAUUUUUUAAAUAAAAACGGAGUUUAGAAGUGUUAAUUGUUCGUUAAAGUUAUAUCGCCUGUGUGUGUAGGAUAAUUUUGUAACAUACAAUAAUGGUUCGGGAGAAAAGAGAGUUUGAACAAAGUAAGGAGGAACGAAUGAUGAUAACGAUUGGAGAGAUUAUACAGGAAUUGUUAAAGGCACACGAAGCAAAUCGGGAUGUAGAUUUAAAUAAAUUAAAAACAAGAAUAUCUUCCAAGUAUGGUUUGGACUCUUCGCCUAGAUUGGUUGACAUUAUUGCAGCUGUACCUGUAGAUGCAAGGAAUAUAUUAUUGCCAAAGUUGAAAGCUAAACCUAUUAGAACUGCUAGUGGAAUUGCUGUUGUAGCUGUAAUGUGCAAGCCACAUAGAUGUCCUCACAUUAAUAUGACAGGAAACAUAUGCGUGUAUUGUCCUGGUGGUCCCGAUUCUGAUUUUGAGUAUUCAACACAGUCGUAUACUGGUUACGAGCCCACAUCUAUGAGGGCCAUUCGAGCAAGGUAUAAUCCAUUCCUGCAAACGAGGCACCGUAUUGAACAGCUAAAACAAUUAGGACACAGUGUAGAUAAAAUUGAAUUUAUUGUCAUGGGAGGAACAUUUAUGUCUCUGCCAGAGGAUUAUAGAGAUUAUUUUAUACGAAAUUUGCAUGAUGCACUAUCUGGACAUGUUAGCAGCAAUGUUAAAGAAGCAGUGCAAUACUCUGAAAGGAGUCGAACAAAAUGCAUUGGUAUUACCAUAGAAACUCGGCCCGAUUAUUGCCUCAAGAAACAUCUUUCGGACAUGUUACAUUACGGGUGUACUCGCUUGGAGAUUGGUGUACAAUCCGUGUACGAAGAUAUAGCGCGCGAUACUAAUAGAGGCCACACAGUACGCGCAGUAUGUGAGAGUUUCCAGAUGUCGAAGGAUGCUGGUUUCAAAGUGGUAGCGCACAUGAUGCCAGAUUUGCCGAAUGUAGAUAGCGAAAGGGACAUUAAUCAAUUUAUCGAAUUUUUUGCGAACCCAGCAUUCAGGGCAGAUGGUCUAAAAAUUUAUCCAACGUUGGUCAUUCGUGGUACAGGCUUGUAUGAGCUUUGGAAAACCGGAAGGUACAAAAGUUAUCCGCCCAGUGUUCUGAUAGAUCUUAUAGCUCGUAUAUUAGCCCUCAUUCCGCCUUGGACUCGUGUCUAUCGUGUACAAAGAGAUAUACCAAUGCCUUUAGUCAGUUCAGGUGUAGAACACGGUAAUCUACGUGAAUUGGCACUGGCAAGAAUGAAGGACUUAGGGACCGAUUGCCGUGACGUAAGAACUCGAGAAGUAGGUAUACAAGAGAUCCACCAUAAGAUACAACCUUAUGAAGUAGAACUCAUUCGUCGCGAUUAUGUCGCCAAUGGUGGUUGGGAAACCUUCUUAUCGUAUGAAGAUCCUACACAAGAUAUCUUAGUCGGUUUGCUGAGAUUAAGGAAAUGUUCCAAUGAAACCUUCAGACCAGAACUUAAAGACAAAUGUUCCAUUGUAAGAGAACUCCACGUGUACGGCAGUGUAGUCCCUGUAAAUGCUCGAGACCCUACGAAGUUCCAACAUCAAGGUUUCGGUAUGCUUUUAAUGGAGGAGGCUGAGCGCAUUGCGAGGGACGAACAUCAAUCUCAAAAAAUCGCCGUCAUAUCAGGCGUUGGGACGCGGAACUAUUACAGAAAAAUGGGCUACGAACUCGAUGGCCCGUACAUGUCUAAAAUGUUAAUAGAUUGCAAAUAAACUGUGAUUUACACUUGUACAAUGGAA